AUGACUCUUAAGAUAAGAUUAGCUCGUUUCGGAAGGAAGUUCCAACCUAUGUAUAAUAUUGUAGUGGCCAAGCAAAAAUCAGGCCGUAAUAAGUUACCCAUUGAAGUUUUGGGAACAUACAACCCAACACCAAUGCCUUUGACUAGUGAGGAAAGAUUAAAUGGUGUGAAACCUUAUAAGCAUAUAGAACUUGACUUUGACAGAUCCAAGUAUUGGUUAGGUGUUGGAGCCGAAGUUUCUGAUCGUGUAGGCUUCCUUUUCAAGAGGGCAGGCUUGUUACCUGAGCAAUGGCCCAAGCCUUCUAAGUUGACUCAGCACAUUCAAAAGGAAGAAGUAGCAGAGCCAAAGGUUGUAUUUGAGGAACAAAAGGAACUUGUUAGACCAAGGGAUUAA